UCGGUUUCUCUGGGCUCGAUCAGCGCUGUCUCUGUGUUGUUUUCGUGGGGAAACCGGAACGAGCGGAACCCGGUGAUGUCGGUUCUCCUCGGUUAAUUUGCGGGAGUCGGUCGUAGAUGCGGGGCCGGUGACGCGCGGACAUGUACCGGAACGCUUCAGAUGUGACAGAUGUGUUUUCCCUCCUCCGGUUCGACGGGUAGGACCUCGAGCUUGAACCGAUCCAAGCGCUCGGGUCGGGGACGAGUCGCACAACCGAAGACAGCGGCGGCGGCGGAGUCGGACCCUGAGCGGUGAGCGGCCAGUCAGCCAGCCCCUGUGCAGCUCGCAGAUGCCAUGGACGCCUGUGCCCGUAUUAGAGGAGUCCCACUAAGGUCCAGGGCCUCGGUUCGGAAAGAGACUGUGCGUGACAGCGGGGCACAGUGUGUGAAGAGCCUCUUUAGGAAUAAAAAGGAGCUAUGCAGCAUUGGCCUCGAGCUGACAACCAGAGACGCCACAAGACUGACAGAGAUUCAUUUUGUGUGUCUGCCUGGACAAUGUGAAGGGGACGAUGUCACCCAGCAGGCUCUAGCCUCUCUGCCAGGAGGGCUGUGUGAGCUCCUCAGGUCGCUGCAUGUUGACGGCCUCAAAAAUGACGAGGUUCUGUUGCUCAAAGACUCCCGCAGGCUGUCGGAGCACAAAGACGCUUGGCCUCAGUGUUGGUUAAAAGCCGUGUGUGUGAUGAGGCAUAAUCCCAACACUAGCCUGUACCCUCAGGCCAGUGUGGCAUCUUUACUGAGCUUGUUGGGGUGCUACAUGGCAGGUGUCCGCUACACCUUAGAGCUUCAGGCCAUUCAGAGGGGCACAGCUGAGGCCAGUCAGCCAGAGGAGGACGACACCAACCAGUCUGUCUCAUCCAUCGAAGACGACUUUGUCACGGCCUUGGAGCAUCUGGAGGAGGACGACACAGGAGACAAUCCCUCUUCAUAUCGUCAUUUUAAAAAGCGCGAUGUGGCAUCGCAGACAGUCCCAGCCCAUAAGAGAAGAAAAGAAUUAUCAGGCUCCCGUGUUAUCAUUAGCUCAUCUUCGAAGAAGUAUUCCGCCCAAAGCAAGUCGGGUCCAGAUGUGUCCAUCACAGUGCAGAGGUCAUCGUGUGUGGAACCGCAGUGGACUUACUGCAGUCCUGGAGCUCGUCUUCCUUCUCCUCUUAUUCAUGUCAGUGAAUCAGAGGAGUCCGACUGCUCCAGCCCCAGUCCAAUCAUUUUCCUGGACGAGGUGGGCUACCAGAAGAGCCUGUUGGCCAAGCUGGACAUCCCCCAGGUGCCGGGGGGGCCCAGGGAGCGAGUUGAAGACUCAGACUCUGAAGUCAGUGAGUUCUUUGACAGUUUUGAUCAGUUUGAUGACGUGGAUGAGCUGAGCUCAGAGAGCUCCACUCUUGCACUGCCUUUGGACACCAUCAGUGCCCCAACGUCACAGAAAAAGUGUGCAGAGUCCAGCACCAGUGCGUCGACAUCCAAAUAUGUUUCUAGGGGCUGCUCAACCAAGGGUAUGAAUCCUCACCGCUUUGACCAGCCAACACUCCCAGCCAAUGUGAAAAAACCUACUCCUCUGAAACCAGGCUCUCCCUACUCACUUCACACUGAGGUGCCUGACUCCCCUCGACCGGUGCAGACCCCCUCCGAGGAAAACGGUGGCCCACUCUUCAGUCCUGUCAGCUCCUCGGCCUUUAGCCCUCUGGUGGACUCAAGUGGACCACUGGAAUACUUUUGGAAGACAGAUGAACAGGACAACUCAGAGCUACGUAAACCCCAGGACCUCUGCUCUCUGUAUAAGACCUACUCAGACUUUGCCAACAGCCUCUCCAAAGAAAUUCUAGGGUCUGUGUGUGGCUACCAGUCUGCUGUUGACAUCAGUGACAACAAGAAUCUCAGCUGCGUCUGCCACAAGGAGUUUGAGAAUCCUUCAGGUUACCCGAUGAAGCUGUCAGAAAUACAGGAGACUGUAACAGUGGACAAGUUGCAGAAGAAGUCUCAGUCUCUGUCCGAUGGCAUUCAGAGAUUUGCCACAGACCUGGUGGAAAUGAGUCUGGGCAGUGCCUUGAGAGACAUUCAAAAAGGUGUGUCCUCCUGUACCACCACCUUGUGUCACUUAGCUGCAAGGCUCACCUCAUCAGUGUUUCAGAUGGCCUUCCAUGAGAUUGGGAUGCGCCACGCCUAUGUGUUGAAGGAACGAGCCAUCAGUGGAUUAGCUGGUUUCCUGGUCGGAGAGGCUGUGUCCGGGGCGCUGAAAGAUUUCCUGACAGUGAAAAAACAGAUUUUUCACAGCACAGUUUCACGUUUCGCUGCAGACCUGGCUGAAGAGCUUGUGUUUGAAGGUAUCAUGGAAGUGUGUCAGUUCUCCCACCCCUCAACCCCUCUCACCUCUAGUGAUUGGUCCUUUGGCCAUAGGCAAGAAGAAGAGGAAGAGGAGGAGGAGGAGGUGGUUACCUCCUAUGCUUCAGAUUUGUCUGAGUCCGUUAUCCAGGAGGCCUUCAUUGAGCUUUCUCAGGCAGAUGUUGCCUUUACCAGCCAAGCAGCUAUUAGUGUGUCUAUGGACAACAUCUGUUAUGUCAGUGCAGAGAACAGCGGCACUGACACAUGUAGUACCUUUGCUAACCAGCAGGUUUUAAGUUCCAGCUCAGCUGCAGCGGUUCCAGGGCCCUCAGGAGAAGAUACUACCUGCACGGUGAAGAAAGCCCUGUUCACUGUCUCGGGAAUGGCCAGUUGUAUUCCUGUGCCCCAGGCCGGCCAAGCCCUCUCCCACCUUCACGAGUCUGAGGAGACCUGUCAGUAUAAGUCCAGUUCACCAGAUUCCCCUCAGGAAAGCCCUGAAAGAAUAACUGAACACUCCUCUGACACCACCACAUCUACACAGACUCACCUGUACAGUCAUGGAACGCAGACCCCCAUAGCUGGAGGAGGCCCAUCCCAAGGAAAGUCCUCCUUCCAAAACUUCUCUGGCAACAUGGUGGAUAUGAUAGUUACUGAGGCUUGUGAGCUUAUUACUGCUUCUAAGAUGAAGAAGAGUUUCGGUGACUGUGCAGAUUUCUUCACUAAGACAAUCGGAAGCCGGAGGGACACUUCUCCGCCAGAAUCCCCUUUGAAGCAGGGAGCCAGCAAGGAGUGCGUCAGGUAUGAUUGUAGAGAUUCACAGUAUGUUAGGACGGGGGGAGCUGUAGAACAAGCAACAGGCUCUCAAAGCCAUGGGAGAGCCGGCUGUGAGUUAGACCCUAGGACCAGAGUCGUGGUUGAAACCCAUCCCGUAAUGAUGCAUACUCUUGACGUGCCGGGUACUGAGAUGGGUGGACAAAGGAAGAUAUCUGUUCCUGGGGAUGACUCAACUCCGAACACUGGCCAGAAAUCUGGUGGGACUCCCUGCACGCCUCCUUCUACCCCUCAGCAGCCCAGUGAGGUCUCCAAGGAGAAGCAGAUAAAACAGUUCUCCAAGAAGCUGAAAAGCAAAUUGGCCAAAGAAUUUUCCCCUGCUACCCCGCCUCCCACCCCUCACUAUCAGCCCGAGCCUGGCCGAGGACCAAAAGACGUCACCCCUGAAGAAGACAAGGCCGAGUUUAUGCUCAAACUGAUGAGGUCUCUCUCUGAGGAGGCAGAUGGCAACGAGGAUGAAGAGGAGGAAGCAUUGGCAGAAGAGGUUGGUGUUGAUGUCAGUCACAGAUGUUUAGAGGCAGGGAGUGGCCGGCAUGACGUGAACCAGAUGUCGGCUAACAGGAUGUCCAACAAAGAAGCUCUCCACUAUGCCGAGCGGUUGGCUUGUCACAUUGUCUCCAUGGCAACAGAGAUGGACACGCUGGGAGUAGCAGAGGAGGAGGAGGAGGAGGAGGGAGAGAUGAGCAAGGGCAGCGAGAGGAGGAGAGACAGCGUGGCUCAGUUCUCAGAGCAGACGCUUAACACAUUGUGGGUGUAUGCUGGGGAGGUGGCAGGAGAGGUGAUCAGCGAUGUGAAGAAGAUGGUGAGCUCUGGACAGCAGUGUCCAUAUCACAGAGCGAUCAGACGAAGAAGCCUGGACAGACCUAGCUCUGAAUGUUUGCACCACCACCACCAUCAGUCUCAACUCAGUACAGACCAGAACAGAGACUGGAGGGUGGGGAGGCUGGCGGAGCAGUGGUCCAGUGAACUGAUAGCCUCUGUCUUUCGCUCUCCCACCUCCACUUCAAGCACCUGCUCCAGCUCUGGUCUGUCCUCGGAGUAUCCCAGCUGUGAGAGUGUGACAGAUGAAUAUGCUGGCUACCUAAUCAGGGUGCUGAAAAAAGAGGGAGGUAGUAGGGAGUUGGUGUUAGACCAGUAUGCUAGCCGUCUGGCCUACCGAUCCAUAAAACAAGGCUUGGCGCAUGCUAGUCGCAAGGUCAAGCAGAGAACCUCAAGCUUGCGCCUUCACUCCUCCAAGUCGCUACCAGACGAAUGGAAAGCUUCGAGUAGUGAAGCCUCGUCGCCCAAGGACAGAGCGGAGUCGGUGGCUUCUCCGUCAGGCGAGGAUGCUCAAUGUUGUUGCAGCGACUCUGAAGAGCAGAGUCAGAGGGAGUACAUGGACCUGGUCAACUUCGCAGAGUCUUUAGCAUACAACAUCACCUGUGAUGUCACACGCAAGCUGCAUCUUUCCUCUGUACGACUGCCCAAGUCUCUUACGGACUCCUGUCUUUAUAAGAAAUCCAAGUUUGAAGGCAUGGCAGAGAAUCUCAUCAGGAACUCCUUCUCCUGCCCCCUGUUGUCCAAAGAGGGUAAAGGCAAGCAUUACCACAGUACAGGAAGCCUGUAUGAUAGAGGCUACAGCAGCAGGGUGAUACAGGUCAUUGAGCAUUAUGCCAGGAAAAUAGUUGAUGACACUUUGAAGAUGAGCCUGUCUUCAGUUGGACAUUCAUCCCGGGAGCAUCAGAGGACGCAAGGCCACGACAGACACUCUCACACCAAGAGGCUGUCUGAGGGGCCAGCAGGGGGCCAAGCUCUAGGGGAGAGGACGUGCCGGUAUUGUCAGGUCCAGGAGUGUCCGUACUGCACCAAACACAGCCGGCACCACCAGCCUGGGUCACAGAGGAGGAAAAGAGGGUCAGACUGUCAGACAAGAGCCGAGCGGCUGCCCAACCUGGACAUUCCUAAGAUUCACAUCGACCUGGACCACAGGGCAGCGUUUGCAGAGGAUAUGGUAUCCAUGGUGAUGGAGACGGCUAAACGCGAGCUGAGCAACACCAGCCUUAAUGCCGACAGUGGCAUCGGUCACGAUGGCACCAGCUACGCUGAGAGUCUAACUGCAGAGAUCAUGACAUCAGCCAUGACCAACAUCUGCCAGGCUGCCAACACCAGCUCUCCAGGGAGGGAAGCGUCUGAGUCGACUGUGUCCCAGCAGCUGAGUGUAGGAGAUGACAGUCUGGGCAGCUGGUCUAACCUGAGCUUUGAGGAUGAGCAUGCAGACGACAACAGCAGCUUCCUGCACCUCAGUGACAGCAGCAAUGGGAACAGCAGUAGCUGGAGCAGUCUGGGCCUGGAGGGGGAGGCGUGUGAGGAGCGCAUGUCCUUCUCCCCCUCUGACAGUGACACCACAGAGGACAAGGAGACUGAGGUCAAAGAGGAAUCCAGCGGGACUCUCUGCGUGGACAGGACUCAGGUGCAGGCUCCCAGGACCGUACUGGUCUUCGCUAACUCGGACGUCAGGGAGGUCCGGCGCGGUUCUCAGCACGUCGGCCUCGACCCUCAGCUCAGGAGCAUGUUGCAGUGGCUGGCAGCCUCCAUGGCCGACAUUCCCCAGAUCCAGCUGAGUCCUGAUAGAGAGCUGCAGCAGCUCCCUGUGGUCGUCCAGAGGCUUCGGGAGAGGAGGUGGCGGGUGGGAGAGCUGCUGCACAUGCUGCUGCGCUACUGUGAAGAGACGCAUGUCGGCCAGUCCCAGGCCCGAGAGGAGGCCCCGCAGGGGUCCAGAGAACCACACCGCACCCCACCCCUCUUCCAGUGGCUCCUGGAGCAUGCCUAGAUUCCUCCUCGUCUCCUUCUUCUCUCCUCAGCCUCUAGAGGGCGCCAUACAAAUCAGCUAAUCCAUCAUACUCUCAUGAAUGUGGGCAGCGAGUGUUUUGCAUUGCAUGCUGUGUCCAAGAGUACUUCUGUUGUAUUUCAUUUCUCUUACCACCUCCUGUUUUUGCUGUUGCAGUUUUGAUCUGUAUCAGGCUGCAUUUACAGCAUCAGGCGCUGAUUUAGCGUCUUUCCCGCCCUCCCGCAGUUUUGAUUUGAAGCCCUCACACCUUGUUGCCAUCGUGUUUGAGCCACAGAAAGAGACGGAGAGAAGAAAGAAAGACAGAGAGAGACCCACCCCAUGUGUCUCCAGACAGACAGAAAUGUGAGUGAGCUGAGAGCAGGAGAAUGUGUUUUUUGUUAGGGAAUCCCCAUCGUUGCCGGGUCGAUGAUGUCACCACACCCACGGCUCACCUCUUUAGUGGUGUUUCCACAUGUUAAGAGACCAAUUGUGCGCACACGUACACACACUGCGGCACACCACACCCUUGUAUUAUCACAGGGGAAUCCAAGAAACACUGAUACUCAUCCACAUCUGACGAUUAUUCCCCUGUAGUAUUCCAUUAUUGUAUUAAAUCACUCCGAACUGACUGUACUCACAGUUUCUCUGGGAUCCUGAAUGAGUUAGACGCAGGUUUAAUGAACACAUAUGACCAAUAUGCUGCCAGACGUCAGGUCUUCGUGGGUCUGCGGGUUUUGUUGCAAGAAUUGAUCUGAGUCAGGUCCAGCUUCUGCUCGGUGGUUUUAUUCUUGUGUGUCAAUACGCACAGCAUCAAGUGGAGUGAGAACUGAAGUCAGAAACUCUUGUUCUCAUCAGAAAUCUGACACUCGGCUUAUUUUAGACAAAUCAGUCUCUGAAAACAUUAAUCGUUUAGAAUAAUUUGACCCAAAAUUUAAAAAAGGUGCCGUUUAUAUAUCCCUCAGUUGUCUGCAGAAAGGUUCAGGACUCUGUUAUCUUUACAGAUUAGUAUCUGAAGCAUAGAAACAAACUUUUAGUUUCUACGACUUAACAUUAAUUCUUCUGACAAAAUGUUAGUUUUCCGCCGCGGCUGCUUUUUAAUUUAUCGCCAUCACGCUGCUGCUGGUAUUUGUGUUCUCUUCGUUAAAGCUCGUUUAUGCUCAACGUUGGAUAAAUAAACAGAAACAGUCGGAGCGGUCGGUUCGGACCUCGAGUUCAGAUCAGGUCUUUAAUCUUUUUAAUUCAUUUAUGCACCUUGGGUCAGUUUUGGGCCGGUUCGGACGUUUUGGACCCAUGAAGACUUCACCUUCACAAACAGAACAAGAUGCUGUUGAAACUGUAAAACUCAUCUUUUAGUACAUUUGACAAAGCUGUCGUUUUGCGUUGAUGAUCCCAUUGAUGUUCAUAUGAUUUCUUUAAAAGCACUUGAUAAAGUUGCCUCUUGCCUGUAUCGGUAUUUCUGUGUUAUCUAAAACCGUAACACUGGUCGCCUGGCAACCAUCUCCUCGGUUGUCAAACUUAGUAAAAUACUUAGAGUGGAGGAUGUUUACUCGAGCGGUCUGUGUUUAAAGGAAAAAAAAAGUCUAUUUUUUUGAAGGUAGAGUAUCUAAUCAAACAUGAAAUGCUGCUUAAAGCUAAAAAAAAAAAAAGGAGCCUCUAUAUUGGCUCAUCGUUGCCAAAUGUAGCUCAUCAGGUGGCUCUCCUCCCCCUCCAGUCAGUAUCACCGUGUGAGACUCCGGCUCCGUGGCCCUCGUCCAGAUCAGGGGAAGAUCCAGUGACGCAGACGCUGGAUCUUUUAGUAAUUAAAGACGCUGGUCCCAGUCUGCACCUCCACAACCACGAAGUAAAAACACGUACAUAGCUCGAGCCUGGACUCACACACUGUGUCACCCACGCUUCAGUCACCUUGUGGAAUGAAGCUCUCCGAACACCACAACUUCGACACAGCACCACCCCCCCAACCCCCACCCCCACCCCAUGGUUACUCACCAGGCCCCAUGUGUACGUCUACACGCACAGCACUACCAGAAACUUGCUGAGAUGCACUUUUUUUGUUCAGUUUUUCUGCUUGUGAUUCGGCCGAGGACAGAGGCUGUUUUCAGGGCCGCCCUCAGACCUGGUCUUGGUGAAUUUGCUCCCAGUGUAAACAGUCCGCUCUGCAGCCACAGACACAUUUUGGUGUUUGUAGUUAUUGUUUUCUUGAGGGACCUAAAAAAAAAAAAAAAACACGAUGCUACGAGGUCCUGAAGUUUCUACCAUUAUUUUCCUCUUGGAGUUUGAAUCACUGUAAUAUACCACAGCCUCUCAUCUAUUAUUAUUAUUAUUAUUAUUAUUAUAAACUAGGUGUUGUUGGCAGUGUUCACCUGCAUGGCUGAAUCUUCGGUGGCGUUUUGAGCUCAGCGUUAUUCUUCUCUAUGUAUUGGCCUCCACUAACCGAGCUGCAGUGAUUCAUCCGUGCUCACUCUGAGUCCGAACAGUCUGUUACCGCUUCGUCUCUCGGCCGCCGAACAGUCAUUUCAUCCUAAAGGUCUUCGUCCUGUUUGAUUUGUUUACAAGCAGAGAUGAAUUAAUCACAAAAUCCACUAUUUAAAGAAAACAAAAGUUCUACUCUAGUUAUUCCGACUAUUAAAACAAUAGUAGAAGCUGACAGUGAAGUAUUAACCUGAGAAGUGAGAGUGCAGGUAUGUUGGUUUACAUUAAAGGAAUGUAUUCACGAAGAGAGUAUCACAGUGUAUAAAUACAUAUUCCCUGUGUGACUGUUCACGUAGGACUUUCCCUGGUUUUUUCCAGCCACCUCCUCCCUGUUCUUAUUUCUUUCUUUCUUUAUCUACAUUCCUGUUUAUCCCAGACGACCUAUAGCCCGAUAUCGUUGUUCUUGUGAAAGCUGAAUGUGAAACUGCAGAGACUCGACUCCAUUUAGAAGCAGAUUCUGUCAAAUCUGUUUUGCUCCCGUCGCUCCCAGUGUUGAUUCUGCGUCUCUGCGACCAUGCACAGGAAAAUUUAAAAAAAAAAAGAUUAAAAAACAGAGACGUACUUCACCUCCUCUCACUUCUGUACUUUUCCCGCUUACUUGUAAAAUCCUGCCAAAAUAAAAGAUAUUUAAUAAAUUAUGUAAGUUAUAUAACAGUGAGUUCACUACUUGUUCUCCCUCGUGGCAUUGCUGAAUAGUUUACACAUUCUAAGCUUGAAGUCAGAAUCUCUGAAUUUGUUUAUGUUAAAGCUUGGUGUGACAAUAAAGCUUUUUCAUGUGCUCUUA